AUGCCGAAAGUUGCUGGAAAGAAGUUUGUCUUAAUUAGUAUCGACGAUGAAGGAGAGGCGAAGCAAAACGUUCGAAAGCUUCGUCGAUACUUGGUCAAUCAUAAACUGAAACAUGUCUUCUCGUCGGAUCCAGAUGAAAUAAAAGAGUUCUUAGAAAUGUUAAACAAAAACACGCUUGUUCUUGAAGAAAAUUUUGAUUUGCAAGAAGAGGCGGAUCAACUUCUUGAGGAAAACCAACUUGUCAUGAAAACGUCAUCAAAUCAAGAAAUACUGGAAAAAUGGGCGCGUGGGACGUUUUCUGAAGAUUCCGACGCGAUACAACUCUUGUUCGGUAGCUCUCUUGCCGUUGAUCAAGAAAAAUCGGCAGAAGAAAAUCACCAAGAGCCCGAGGAAGAUGAAAAUACGAUCGCUAUACCACCAUUGUUCACAGUCCCUUCGCUUGAAUUGGAAACUUUUAAUGAAACUUCGAUAAUUGAAAAUGGAAAAGAAGAGAACAAAGAAGAGGAUAUUUCUAAUUGUUUGGAAGAAUUCCGAGGUGUUGAAAUUUCAAAGCGUUAUCAGUGUUUACAAUGCUUCAAAACGCUUCCUGUGUCGAAAUCACCAUGCGAACACAUUUCUGACCAACACGUUAAGAAUGAAACGGAAGUUGAGUUUCGAGACUUAUGGUGUAAAGAACAGCUUUCUGCUUUCAACCUUUCACUAGCGAAGUGCUUCGGUCGACAGCUUCCAGUACCUCGAAGUCGUAGAAUCCGAAAUGAACAUCCAGAAGCUCCCAACUCUCUAACUCCGAAAGCAUCCUAUCGGAUUGUACAAGGAGAUGAAGUUGUCCAAAUCGAUACAGUGUUUGAAAAAUCGCAUACAAUCGUCAAUAAAUCUCCGGAUAAUAAAGAUCUAGCAGGACCAUCCACUUCUCUGGUUCCAGAAUUAGAGUAUCUGACAGACGAAGAAGAAAUACACCUAUACGAGCUAGACUCUGAAGACUACGAUGCUAGUAUGCGAGAUAUUGAAGAUCCAACUGAGAAAAUCAACGCGGAUAGCCCAUUGAGCAACGUCAAUCAACAGUAA